AUGUCGGACAUUGAGGAAAAAUCGACCAACUCGUCGAUUCCAAAACUUGACGAUCUCAAUUAUCCGUCGUGGUCAGUAAGGAUGAAAGCCUAUCUUCGCAGCAAAGAUCUCUGGGAAAUUUGCACUGGCGAGGUAACCCCGGCUAAAAAGAAGAGGAAUGAAACUCUUAACGCUAUCAUUAGCCAUCUCAGUGAAGAAGCUCUCGAUGCUACUGUCACUCCCGAAAACGAGGAAAAUCCCGCUCUUCUUUGGGCUUCUAUCGUGGAGCGAUACGCUUCUUCGUCGGUCAACAACAAAGCCCGAAUUUGGCUAAAAUGGAUGCGAUAUGAAUUUAACGGCAAUCUUAAUAGUUACCUUGCCGACUGUCAAAAAAUGAUUAGGGAAUGUGCGCUUGUUCAACUUGGUAUUCCCGAUGACAUAAUUUCUAUUUCUAUCCUAGCAAAACUUUCUAAGGAUUACUGGAAUGUCGUCGACAACAUAAUUAUGAACGAGGCUAUCAUUUUCUUUCCUAGUCGUACUCUUAAGAAGUUGAGAGAGCUCGUUUACAUGAAAGAUUAA